UGCGGGGCGGCGGGGCGGCUGGCUGUCUUGCGGAAUUCUUCCCCUCCUCCCCUCGAAUCCCCGCGCGCAGCUCGGCUUUCGGGGCGUUUGGAAGAGGCCGCCGCGGCUGCGCGGGAGCGGGAGAUGUUGGAGCUGAGGCACCGCGGAGGCUGCCCCGGCCCCGGCGGGGCGGUGGCACCGCCACCCCGCGAGGGAGAGGCGGCCGGCGGCGACCACGAAACCGAGAGCACCAGCGACAAAGAAACAGAUAUCGAUGACAGAUAUGGAGAUUUGGAUUCCAGAGCAGAUUCUGAUAUUCCAGAUAUCCCGCCAUCCUCAGAUAGAACCCCCGAGAUUCUCAAGAGAGCUCUGUCUGGGUUAUCCUCAAGGUGGAAAAACUGGUGGAUCCGUGGGAUUCUGACUCUAACCAUGAUUUCGAUGUUUUUCCUAAUCAUCUACAUGGGAUCCUUUAUGCUGAUGCUUCUUGUUCUCGGCAUCCAGGUGAAAUGCUUCCAUGAAAUCAUCACCAUCGGGUACAGAGUCUAUCAUUCGUAUGAUCUCCCGUGGUUUAGGACACUAAGCUGGUACUUCCUAUUGUGUGUAAACUACUUUUUCUAUGGAGAGACUGUUGCAGAUUAUUUUGCUACGUUUGUUCAAAGAGAAGAACAGCUUCAGUUCCUCAUUCGCUACCACAGAUUUAUAUCAUUUGCCCUUUAUCUGGCAGGUUUCUGCAUGUUUGUGCUGAGCCUGGUGAAGAAGCAUUAUCGACUGCAGUUUUACAUGUUCGCAUGGACUCAUGUCACUUUACUGAUAACCGUUACUCAGUCACAUCUUGUCAUCCAAAAUCUGUUUGAAGGCAUGAUAUGGUUCCUUGUUCCAAUAUCAAGUGUUAUCUGCAAUGACAUAACUGCAUACCUUUUUGGAUUUUUUUUUGGAAGAACUCCAUUAAUAAAGUUAUCCCCUAAGAAGACUUGGGAAGGAUUCAUUGGAGGCUUUUUUUCCACAGUCGUGUUUGGAUUCAUUGCUGCCUACGUGCUGUCCAAGUACCAGUACUUUGUCUGCCCCGUGGAGUACCGCAGCGACGUGAACUCCUUUGUCACAGAAUGUGAGCCUUCUGAGCUCUUCCAGCUUCAGAGUUAUGCCCUGCCCUCCUUCCUGAAGGCCGUGUGGAGGCAGGAAACGGUGAGCUUGUACCCCUUCCAGAUUCACAGCAUUGCUCUUUCAACUUUUGCAUCUUUAAUUGGCCCAUUUGGAGGGUUCUUUGCCAGUGGGUUCAAAAGAGCUUUCAAAAUCAAGGAUUUUGCAAACACCAUUCCUGGACAUGGUGGGAUAAUGGACAGGUUUGACUGUCAGUAUUUGAUGGCGACGUUUGUGCAUGUGUACAUCACGAGCUUUAUAAGGGGCCCGAAUCCCAGCCGCGUGCUGCAACAGUUGUUGGUGCUUCAGCCGGAACAGCAGCUGCAUAUAUACAAAGCCCUCAAGACGCAUCUCAUCGAGAAAGGUCUCCUGCAGCCCACCCUGAAGGUGUAAUGGACCCGCAGGGGGAAGGCCCAGCAAGACGGAGCUCUCCAGGGAAGCACAGGCCAAUGGACUUUUGUCAUUGUACAGAAAAAAAAAAAGCUUUAAAAUGCAAUAGAUUUGAAGUUUUACAGA